CAGUGAAGUGCCAGCGGGAUACCGGGCUUGCCAUGGACUGUUCUUCCACCUGACACCAGAGGAUCAUGGAUAUCUAGUGUAACGGUGAGUAUUCUGUUGUGCAGUCGGAGUGUAGUGGAGUGGACGGCUGGACCCAGCACCGGUCUCCCUCAGCUCUAGUGAACGACAAUCGCCAGAAUGGACACCAGGGAGACACCUCUGACGAACGACCACCUGUUGGGACUGGAGCUGAACCAAUGCGGCGUCGCCAAGCCUUCCUCCACAGCAGCUUCCAAGGGGAAGGAAGACAACCUCCCAGAGCGAGGUAGCUGGGCCAACAAGCUCGACUUCAUUCUCUCCGUGGUCGGCCUCGCGAUCGGCCUCGGUAACGUCUGGCGGUUCCCAUACCUCUGCUACAAGAAUGGCGGCGGAGCCUUCCUCAUUCCUUACUUCCUCACGCUUCUUCUAGCCGGCAUCCCCAUGUUCUUCCUGGAGUUAGCUCUGGGCCAGAUGUUGACGAUAGGAGGCCUCGGAGUCUUCCGGAUCGCACCGAUCUUUAAAGGCAUCGGCUAUGCCGCAGCCGUCAUGUCGUGCUGGAUGAAUAUUUAUUACAUUGUGAUUCUUGCCUGGGCCAUUUUCUAUUUCUUCAUGUCCCUUAGAUACGAUGUGCCAUGGAGAAGUUGUAACAACCCAUGGAAUACGAAGUUCUGUGUGAACGCGUACGAGCGCAACUCCUUGACGUGUUGGAAGAAGUUCUACAACAGCACAGCCUUCAGCACCUACUGUUCCAUCAACCAGCAGAACAUAUCCACCAAAGAGUUGACCGACCCUGUGAAGGAAUUCUGGGAACGGCGAGUGCUGCAGAUCUCAGAGGGCGUACAGCAUGUAGGCAGUAUACGUUGGGAGUUGGCUGGUACACUUCUGUUGGUCUGGGUUAUGUGUUACUUCUGUAUCUGGAAAGGUGUCAAAUGGACUGGAAAGGUGGUUUAUUUCACUGCGCUGUUCCCUUACUUUCUUCUGACCGUAUUGCUGAUAAGAGGUAUCACACUACCGGGGGCUGCUGAGGGUAUAUACUUCUACAUCAGUCCUAACCUCUCAAAGCUAACUGAGUCUGGGGUGUGGAUCGAUGCCGUGACUCAGAUUUUCUUCUCUUACGGCCUCGGUCUGGGCACACUGGUCGCUCUGGGCAGCUACAACAAAUUCACCAACAACGUGUACAAGGAUGCGCUGAUAGUCUGCUGCGUCAACUCGGGUACCAGCAUGUUCGCGGGAUUCGUCAUCUUCUCCGUAGUUGGUUUCAUGGCGCACGAGCAGCAGAAGCCUAUUGGGGAGGUGGCUGCAUCAGGACCCGGACUGGCGUUCCUCGCCUAUCCAUCGGCCGUACUACAACUACCUGGGGCUCCCAUUUGGUCCUGCCUCUUCUUCAUAAUGAUCCUCUUCAUAGGUUUGGACAGUCAGUUCUGCACAAUGGAAGGCUUCAUCACCGCCAUGGUUGACGAGUGGCCUCAGCUUUUACGCAGAAGAAAAGAAAUUUUCAUCGGACUCGUCUGCCUCAUCUCCUACUUUGUCGGCUUCUCUUGCAUAUCUCAGGGUGGUAUGUACGUGUUCCAAAUAUUAGAUUCCUACGCGGUGAGUGGCUUCUCUUUGCUGUUCCUCAUUUUCUUCGAGUGCAUCGCCGUAUCCUGGGCGUUCGGAGUGAACCGCUUCUAUGAUGGCAUCAAGGAGAUGAUUGGCUACUACCCCUGGGUGGUUUGGAAGUUCUGUUGGACAUUCACCACCCCUGUCAUCUGUGUGGGAGUAUUUUUCUUCAACCUGAUCCAGUGGACACCCAUCAAGUACCUAGAUUACGAGUACCCGUGGUGGAGCCAUGUGUUAGGUUGGUGCACAGCCCUCUCUUCCAUGCUCUGCAUUCCCGGCUACAUGAUCUAUAUCUGGAUGAAGACGCCAGGAGACUUCAAUACGAAAAUGCAGCUGUUGGUGCGGAUAGAAGACGACAUACCAGCACUGCGGCGCAGAAUGACCAACUCGGCAGAUCUGUAAUCACCGUAGAGACAACCAAGCGCCAAGCGAAUCACCACCGCCACCGCCAACGUUACCGUACCUACCUACGACUGCUAUCCUGCCGGUUGCCAAGUGCACGCCAGCAGUCCACGAGCAUCCAACGUACAACUUGUGUGCUGUGCCUUGUGUGUGCCGUCUUACAAAAUAUUAGAGCGCAAAAUGAACACUCAACUCCCUCACAUUUCCUGUAUAAUACACUCUCUAGUUUUAAGUAAACAUAAGUUAUGACAUCAUUCCUUUUCGAGACUAGGAGGUCUAUCCUGAUCACACCUUCAUAAUAAGGCGCCAUGCACGUUCACUUCACGUCACCAGUUUACGUUUAACUGACCAGCAUCUCUGAGAUCUUACUUAAAGUGUUAUAGGCGAACUCCAUUCUCUGAAUUAUGUGUAUAUUGAGCUGUAUACAAUAAAGACAUUUUGUGAUGUGACACAGAAA